AGAAAGAGCAGGAGUUGCAGAGGCAGUUCUCAGUUUUGGCUUAUAAAUAACAGAGUUCUCAAUCUCGGGGGAACUAACAGCGGUUGGGGUAGUUGGGUUAGUUACGCAGCCCUAAUGGCUAUUUCUGCUUCCCUUUCUUCCUCCUCUAUUCUGAUCCUCCUCUGUUUCUUAGUGUCUCUGCUUCUCUGCAAUGCCUUACCAGUACAACACUACCUUAACCAUCCCCACCACCGUCGCAUUGCCACACAAAACUACAGAGAUGCUCUCUCAAAAUCCAUCCUCUUCUUUGAAGGGCAGAGGUCUGGCAAGCUCCCUUCUAACCAGAGGCUAUCAUGGAGAAGAGACUCUGGUCUCUCAGAUGGCUCGGCUAUGCGUGUUGAUUUGGUUGGAGGAUAUUACGACGCAGGGGACAAUGUGAAGUUUGGGUUCCCCAUGGCUUUCACGACGACAAUGCUUUCAUGGAGUGUUAUAGAGUUUGGUGGGUUGAUGAAGGGAGAGUUGCAGAAUGCAAGAGAAGCCAUUCGUUGGGCUACCGAUUACCUUCUCAAAGCCACUGCCCAUCCAGACACUAUUUAUGUUCAGGUUGGUGAUGCUAGCAAGGACCAUGCUUGUUGGGAAAGGCCUGAAGAUAUGGAUACUCCAAGAAAUGUAUUAAAGAUCGACAAAAACACUCCUGGAACUGAAGUAGCUGCUGAAACUGCGGCCGCUCUUGCGGCUGCAUCUCUGGUCUUCAGAAGAUCCGACCCAUAUUAUUCCAAGCUUCUAAUCACAAGAGCCAUUAGGGUGUUUGGAUUCGCUGACAAAUACAGGGGCUCCUACAGUAAUGGAUUGAGAAAAGAUGUCUGCCCGUAUUACUGUUCCUUCUCAGGCUAUCAGGAUGAACUGUUGUGGGGAGCUGCGUGGUUACAUAGAGCCACCAAAAAUCCUUCUUACUUGAACUACAUUCAAGUCAAUGGGCAGACCUUAGGAGCAGACGAGGGUGACAAUAUAUUUGGGUGGGAUAACAAGCAUGUUGGAGCGAGGAUUCUUCUUUCAAAGUCAUUUUUAGUCCAAAAGGUUCAAUCUCUCCGCGAUUACAAAGGACAUGCCGAUAACUUCAUUUGUUCCCUCAUACCAGGGAAGUCUUUCUCCCAAGCUUAAUACACCCCAGGGGGGCUUCUGUACAGGAUGAGUGACAGCAACAUGCAGUAUGUGACAUCCACAUCUUUCCUCCUGCUAACAUACGCCAAGUACUUAACCUCCGCCCACACCUUCGCCACUUGCGGUGGAAUCAUUGUCACUCCAAGGAAGCUCCGCACCAUUGCUAAGAGACAGGUGGAUUACUUGCUGGGGCAGAACCCAUUGAGGAUGUCUUACAUGGUGGGGUACGGUGCCAGGUACCCAGAAAGGAUACAUCAUCGGGGCUCAUCGCUGCCGUCCGUUGCUGCACAUCCAAGGAAGAUCCCAUGCUCCGCUGGCUUUAGUGUCAUGAACUCUGCAUCACCAAAUCCCAACAUACUAAUCGGGGCAAUCGUGGGUGGACCUGACCUUCACGAUCGAUUCCCGGAUCAGAGAUCCGAUUAUGAACAAUCAGAGCCGGCCACCUACAUCAAUGCACCUCUUGUGGGAGCACUAGCUUAUCUUGCUCACUCAUUUGGCCAGCUAUGAAGAAAACUGCAGCCAUGGCCUACCUUUUCCAAGUUUCCUUUUCUUAUUUUAGGGUAAUCGGGUUUCGGGCCAGAGAGACCCAAAUGUCUCGAGCCCAUCGUCAACUGGGUCUAGUCCAAUCUGCACCGGAUCCUAUUCUGUCUCUCUCUGUAUUGUCUUUCUAAGUCAGAGUUAGUAAAAAAAGUGGACUAUGGGUGAUGUAUACUUUAUAUAUUAUUGUAUUAGGAUAUAGGAUAGAGGAACAUGGGUAAGGGCCAGUGGGGUUUCUGUAAUUUGCUUUUGUUGUGUCGUCCUCAUCGGGGUGUACGUUUCGUGCCGGGAACGGCGUCUUAAAUGUAAACGGGGUUCCCUCUUCAUUUGACAAAUGUUAGUUAGAGUUCUACUUUUCUA